CGCUUGUUUUGGGUGUUGGUCGUUUCGGAAAGAAACGAGCGCCAUGGCCAAAGACCAAGUGGUGCUGGAGCUGUCCAGCGAAGAGGAGACCUCAGAACCUCAGCGAGCGAAGCGCCGGCGCGUGGCCCCGAAGGACGGCCCGCUGGCGCGGGCCUUGCGCGGGGCGCCGCUUCCGGGGCCCGGGCCGCCCCCAGGCUUCUCUGCGGAGCUGCCGGCCAAAGUGAAGGACGUGAUGGGCGCCAACGAGGCCUUCUGCGCAUCUCUGGAUGCAUCGGCAGACAGUUGGGUGCUGCUGCUUCGCAAGUGGCUGCCCAGCGGCGAGCUCUUCGAGCGGCUCUGGAAUCGGCACCCACCGGACUUGGGCAAGGGGAAGCUCUUCGGCAAGGAGGUGACCUUCCACAGGUAUCAGCAGUCCUUUGGUGCCGACUACGCCUUCUCGGGCCAAACGGCCCACGCGCACCCGCUCACCCGGCAAGAUGCGCCGGAGGUAUGGCACGUCCUGCAGCAGCUGCAGAAACUUCUCGCCCUUGCGCCGCCUUUGAAGGACCGCAACUAUGGGGCCUGCCUGGUGAAUUGGUACGACGGGGGCAAGCACUCCAUGGGCUUCCACUCGGACGACGAGCGGGGGCUGGUGGCUGCUGCGCCCAUCUUCGCCAUCUCCUGGGGCUGCACCAGGACGUUCCGCCUGGCUCCGAAGAAGGCGGGCGAUGGACACAAGGUGGAUGUGGAGGUGCAUGACGGUGACCUCAUUGUCAUGGGAGGGGCGUGCCAGCGCAGCCACAAGCACGCCAUCCCUGCGAGCGCCAAGACUCAUGGACGACGCAUCAGCUUGACCUUCCGGUGCUUUCAGAGCCAACAGCCGGGCGAAAGCAAGAAGCAAAAGCACCAGCGGGCGCUGCUGCAGUCUUGCUGCCCCAUAUCUGUGGACCAGCUCCAGGCGCGUGGAUUUUUUGGUCGCCACGACAGCACGUGGCUCUGGCGCCCGGCGCUUGCCGCCAUGUUUCUGCCCGCGCCGCGGACCUUUAGCCUCUCGGAGGAGACCAAGGCGAGCAUCAAGGCUCGGGGCACCUCCAAAGUGGCCAGCGCGGCCAAAGAGAAGCUGCUGCGGGCGGCCAGGAAGGCGCGGCAGCAGAUCCAGAGCCAAUGGCGGGACUUCCAGCCAGAAGACCCAAAGCUGGCGACCACCCGGCGCUAUGACGUGGAGACCGACGGAUGGGUGGAGGAGCAGGUGAUGAUCCAGCUGGAUUCCAAGGCCUUUGGCAAAGGAGCUGUGAGGGAGUGCUUCCGCAUGAAGGAGGUGCGCCUGGACACGCGGCUCUUCUCCGGCGAAGGCGGCUCGCCCCAUCCUCGCGCGAGGCUCAGCUUUGCUGCGGUGGCUGCGGGGCUCAUGGAGCUCCCUCGUAGCAGCCGGCGCACGCUCUGGGUGGCGAAGCGAUCCAUUGAGGACCAUCACCGCAAGAUCAUGCACAGGCGCGAGUGCGAGACGGACGUGAUCCACCAGACCUUUGCCAAGCACUACGCGGAGCUCUUUAACCAGGAGGUGCACCGGCAAGCCCUGGAGACGGGGCUGGGCCGCUGCGGUGCGCACGACAUCGACUUCCUGCUCACCCACGUGGUGGAACUGCCAGAGAGGGUGACCUUCUCAGCAGAGGCCUUCGUCUCAGGAGAGUAUCUGAAGCACAACACCAACGGGGGCUCCAUCAUUGGCGCGCGCACCACGCCGCAGGCAUUCAGCUACUUCACCUUUGUCAAGUCUGGGCGCCGUUUGAUGAUCGUAGACAUCCAGGGGGUGGUGGAUUUGUACACAGACCCCGUGAUCCACUUCCUUCCCAGCAAGGUUUCUGGCAAGCUCGCAGGCGCCGAUAUGGAGCUGAACUUCGGCAUCCGCGGCUUCGCGCUGUUUCUGUGGAGCCACCGCCGCAACGACGUGGACCAGUUGCUGAAGCUGCCUGUCUUCAGCCUCUCCCCGCACGAGGAGAAAUAUCUGGAGCCAACUUCCAGGACGGUGACUCAGCUGAUCGAGGCGACCAAGUCCCGCAAGAGCCAGCCUCCACCCCAGCAGGCAGAAGGCGGCGACUUGGUGCUGAACCUGCAUGAGAUUCCGGGGGUCGACUUGUCGGAUUGGUGCGAUUGGCAUGGGGCCUUCGCCCACCGCAGCGCCCGCGCGCGGAGCGGCAGCUUUGACCGAGAGGACCUGGUGGAGGCAGAGUGCCACAUGGAGAUCGCGGCUAUGUACCACGAGGGUCGCAUCACUUUGCGUGAAGAGGAUCGUGGCGAGCCGCGGCGCCCGGAGGUGGAGUCUGCGGUGUUUCACGUGGUGGAGGCUGCGCGUCAGGACUUGCCUGAGGCGCUGAUGGCGCUGGCGCGGCUGGCCUCGCAAGAGGAACACCCGGGCUUCCUGCCCCAGGUGCUGGGCGCUUCGGAGACGAACGCCGACGACUCGAAGGGGCGCAGUCUGGUGCUGGCGCUGCUGGGCCGCGCGGCCACGCUGGGGGCCAAGCACGCCAUGGCGGCGCUGGCCGCUGAGGUGUUGCGAGGCGACGCCUCUCAGGAUGAGUUGCAGUUGGCCGCGGACCACUUGGAGGAGUUUGCCAUGGAAACCCUCGAGGAGCUCCGCGCAAAGGAAGCCAAGGCUGCAGAGCAAGAGGAGUCGGAAGAAGAGGAAGAGGACGACGAAGAGGAGGUGGACCAAGAGCACAACUCUUUGCACCGGAGGAGCUUCGGCUGGGAGGUCCACGGCUUCGAUGCCUGGCAGGCCCUGCGCCGGGUGGCGGAGCUCUACGAGGGGCCGCUGAAAGAGGCUCCAGAUGCCUCGAAGCGUGCUGCGGAGCUCCGCCAGCUGAGCCAAGAUGGCGCAAAGCCUGCGGAAGAAAAGAGGAGCUGAGCCCGUGAUCCAACUCAAUCGCCUUUC